GCGGGUCACGGGGGCUUUUCUGCUGGCAGGGAAAAGACGGAGGAGGCUGGAGACAGCCCAGGAGACUCGCAAAUGCUUCAAACCAUUGCAGGGCAUGGAUGGAGGUCAUGUUCUAGUAAACCUGCUCAAAACUUACAUAUAGGCAAACCUGGAGCUGGCUUUAGCUUUGAACUUACUGAUGAACAGAAAGAGUUUCAAGCUACUGCUCGUAAAUUUGCUGUAGAGGAAAUUAUUCCUGUUGCUGCACAAUAUGACAAAACUGGAGAGUAUCCUCUUCCACUUAUAAAACGGGCUUGGGAACUUGGUCUUAUGAAUUCACAUAUACCAGAAAGCUGUGGUGGCCUUGGCCUUGGUAGUUUUGAAGCGUGCCUUAUUACGGAAGAGUUAGCUUAUGGAUGUACAGGGGUUCAAACUGCCAUUGAAGCAAAUUCCUUAGGGCAAAUGCCAGUAAUCAUUGCAGGAAAUGAGCAUCAGCAGAAAAAAUAUUUAGGGAGAAUGACAGAGGAACCAAUGAUGUGUGCUUACUGUGUAACAGAGCCUGGAGCAGGCUCUGAUGUGGCUGGUAUAAAAACAAAGGCUGAGAAGAAAGGAGAUGAAUAUGUCAUUAAUGGUCAGAAGAUGUGGAUCACAAAUGGUGGGAAAGCAAACUGGUAUUUUUUGCUAGCUCGUACCAAUCCAGAUCCAAAGGCUCCUGCAAGCAAAGCCUUUACUGGAUUCAUUGUGGAAGCAGAUAGCCCUGGAAUCCAAAUUGGAAGAAAGGAAAUGAAUAUGGGUCAACGCUGCUCGGAUACAAGAGGUAUUGUCUUUGAAGAUGUGAGAGUCCCAAAAGAAAAUGUAUUAAUAACUGAGGGAGCUGGCUUUAAAAUCGCAAUGGGAGCUUUUGAUAAGACCAGACCACCUGUAGCAGCUGGUGCUGUUGGAUUAGCAAAAAGAGCACUUGAUGAAGCUACUAGGUACGCUUUGGAGAGAAAAACCUUUGGGAAACCAAUUGUUGAACACCAAGCAGUGUCUUUCUUGCUUGCUGAAAUGGCAAUGAAAGUGGAACUUGCUAGGAUGGCUUACCAGAGAGCUGCAUGGGAAGUUGAUGCUGGUCGCAGGAACACCUACUAUGCUUCCAUUGCAAAGGCAUUUGCUGGUGACAUUGCAAACCAAGUAGCUACAGAUGCAGUACAGAUUUUUGGAGGAAAUGGAUUUAAUACUGAAUAUCCUGUAGAAAAACUAAUGAGAGAUGCUAAAAUCUUCCAGAUUUAUGAGGGAACUGCUCAGAUUCAAAGGAUGAUCAUAGCUCGUGAACACGUUGGCAAAUUUCAGGCUUAAAGAAAUGUAUAAAGUGUGUCUGGCACUGCUGUAGUGCUCUGUGUUCUCAUGGAAGAGGAUUUUAGUGCAUUUCUCAAUAGAAUUAAAAAGCC